AGGAGUUCAAGACCAGCCUGGCCAACAUGGUGAAACCUCAUCUCUACUAAAAAAUAAAAAAAAAUGAGCCGGGCGUGGUGGUGGGUGCCUGUAAUCCCAGCUACUCGGGAGGCUGAGGUGGGAGAAUUGCUUGAACACAGGAGGCGGAGGUUGCAGUGAGCCGAGAUCGUGCCACUGCCCUCCAGCCUUGGCGACAGAGUGAGACUCUGUCUCAAAAAAAAAGAAAAAGAAAAAAAAAAAAAGAACAAGGCUGGGACAUUGCAGCGUUCUCAAAGAGAAAUAAAGUAGCCAUGGAGAUAAGAAGCAGGAUGAUUUGGGCAUGUUUAUCAGAGGUAGAGACAAGGGAGAAAUCAAAGAUAAGUUUGGGUUUUUGUCUCCAGUAACUGGGAGCCUAGUGGCCAUUUUUGCUGCAAACAGGAAGCUGGGCAAGUGUAGCAGUGAGGCGGAAGAAAAGGGAAUUAAAUUUUGGCCAUGUUCACUUGAAACGUCUUUUAGACAUCCUAGUGAAGGUACUGGCACGGAGGAUCUAGUCUGAGGGUUUAGGUCAGUGUUUCAGCCGUGGAUCUGGGGCAGAUGAGUGUAGACAGACCAGGCCAGCGAUCAGGACUGAGCCCAGACUUCAUCGUGAGAUAUGGAAGUUGAGUCAGAAUCUGCAAAGGAGCUGAGCAGGAGCUGCAGGGGGUAGGAGGAAAACUGGGAGAGUGUAGCCCCUGGGAGUCAAAGGGAGCAAGCUUCAAAUGAUGCUGAGGGGGUGAGAAUGGAGAAUGGAACACUGGAUUCCAUUUAGUAGUACACAGAUCGCUGAGGACCCUGUCCCGGGCAGUUUCCUGGAGGAAGAGGCAAGCCUGGCUGGAGUGGGUAGAGGGGAGAGUGAAGGCGAAGGAUUAGAGUGUAUAGAGACCAGUGUCUUGGUCUGAGGGGAGUAGAGACAGGUGACAACCACAGGGCAGACGUAGGUUAAAGGUGUUUAGUUUUUCCUUCAAGUAAAUGGGCAGAUGUAUUCCAUAUACGUUCCCAAUGAAGGGCCGGGUGCGGUGGCUCACGCCUGUAGUCCCAGCACUUUGGGAGGCCGAGGCGGGUGGAUCACCUGAGAUCAGGAGUUUGAGACCAGCCUGGCUAACAUGGUGAAACCCCGUCUCUACUAAAAAUACAAAAAUUAGCUGGGCGUGGUGGCGGGCGCCUGUAAUCCUAGGUACUCAGGAGGCUGAGGCAGAAGAAUCGCUUGAACCCAGGAGGCGGAGGUUGCGGUGAGCCGAAAUCGCGCCAUUGCACUCCAGCCUGGGUGACAAAAGCAAGACGCAAUUUUUUGUUGUUGUUUUUUUAAUUGCCAAUGAGGAAAGGGGAAGUUCCGCGCUAGGCGAUAAAGAUCCAACUGUUGAGCAGGCCUCUGCCUGUGGCCUUCCGGCCGGUUUCCAGACGCCCAGGGUGGCCAACAUUAGAGUCCGCGUAGCAGUGUGAGGUAACCCACUGAGAUAGGUCGGGCCUGCGGAGCCUGGCGAGCAGCGGCCCUCUCCCUGGGGCUUCCCUUCAAUCUCCGGGACAUUUCCCCGACCUGGGGCUCCUCCGCCUCACGGCCAGGCCUCUCUGCAGAUUGCAAGUUCACCUGCCACUACCGCUGCCGCGCGCUCGUCUGCCUGGACUGUUGCGGGCCCCGGGACCUGGGCUGGGAACCCGCGGUGGAGCGGGACACGAACGUGGUGAGCGCGGGGCCGAGGGCGUAUGGGAAGGGCGAGGAUGGGCAGGCCACAGUGCAGGCAUUCUCGAGGGCUGCCUGGGUGCCGCGCGCAAGGAGCGUUCUAAUUGCCGAUUUCCCGGCGGCAGAGAGAGGCUAAUUCUGCGCGGGGACUGGGAGGGGAGCCUGGAUUGCCGGCUCCGCAAGGACUCCACCCGCUGCAAGCGGACCCGGGCCCAGGCUGACCCAGGCUCCGCGCACGCGCACUUCCCGCACCUUCCCGCCCUCGCCUCCGGCCAGAGGCCACUCUUGUGCGCUUGCCCGGACGCUGGCACCCGCCCCCGUUCCCUGUGGUAGGUGGGGUCUGUGAGUGGAGCUGCCGGAGCGAUGAGGUCAUUCCUGGGGGCGAAGCGUGCGUGUCCCCGCCCCGGCGUUCCUGCCCCAAUGAGACAAGAGCUAGAUCCCGGCGAUCUACGUUUCAGUCUUAACGGUUGCGGCGCGGCUCUGGCCCGGGCGCACGCGCACACUGACACGCGUACACGCACGCACGCGACCGGGGCGGUGGUUGGCGGCUACGGACGCGCGGGACUGGGGGACGGGCGGGUACGGCUAUGGGCGAGGCGGAGGCGCCUUCUUUCGAAAUGACCUGGAGCAGCACGACGAGCAGUGGCUACUGCAGCCAAGAGGACUCGGACUCGGAGCUCGAGCAGUACUUCACCGCGCGAACCUCGCUAGCGCGCAGGCCGCGCCGGGACCAGGACGAGCCUGUGGAGUGGGAGACACCUGACCUUUCUCAAGCUGAGAUUGAGCAGAAGAUCAAGGAGUACAAUGCCCAGAUCAACAGCAACCUCUUCAUGAGCUUGAACAAGGAUGGUUCUUACACAGGCUUCAUCAAGGUUCAGCUGAAGCUGGUGCGCCCUGUCUCUGUGCCCUCCAGCAAGAAGCCACCCUCCUUGCAGGAUGCCCGGCGGGGCCCAGGACGGGGCACAAGUGUCAGGCGCCGCACUUCCUUUUACCUGCCCAAGGAUGCUGUCAAGCACCUGCAUGUGCUGUCACGCACAAGGGCACGUGAAGUCAUUGAGGCCCUGCUGCGAAAGUUCUUGGUGGUGGAUGACCCCCGCAAGUUUGCACUCUUUGAGCGCGCUGAGCGUCACGGCCAAGUGUACUUGCGGAAGCUGUUGGAUGAUGAGCAGCCCCUGCGGCUGCGGCUCCUGGCAGGGCCCAGUGACAAGGCCCUGAGCUUCGUCCUGAAGGAAAAUGACUCUGGGGAGGUGAACUGGGACGCCUUCAGCAUGCCUGAACUACAUAACUUCCUGCGUAUCCUGCAGCGGGAGGAGGAGGAGCACCUCCGCCAGAUCCUGCAGAAGUACUCCUAUUGCCGCCAGAAGAUCCAAGAGGCCCUGCACGCCUGCCCCCUUGGGUGACCUCUUGUACCCCCAGGUGGAAGGCAGAGAGCAGGCAGCGCCAAGUGCGUGCCGUGUGAGUGUGACAGGGCCAGUGGGGCCUGUGGAAUGAGUGUGCAUGGAGGCCCUCCUGUGCUGGGGGAAUGAGCCCAGAGAACAGCAAAGGAGCUUGCUCCCUGUGUCCACCUGUGGGUGUAGCCAGGUAUGGCUCUGCACCCCUCUGCCCUCAUUACUGGGCCUUAGUGGGCCAGGGCUGCCCUGAGAAGCUGCUCCAGGCCUGCAGCAGGAGUGGAGCAGACAGAAGUCUCCUCAAUUUUUGUCUCAGAAGUGAAAAUCUUGGAGAUCCUGCAAACAGAACAGGGUCAUGUUUGCAGGGGUGACGGCCCUCAUCUAUGAGGAAAGGUUUUGGAUCUUGAAUGUGGUCUCAGGAUAUCCUUAUCAGAGCUAAGGGUGGGUGCUCAGAAUAAGGCAGGCAUUGAGGAAGAGUCUUGGUUUCUCUCUACAGUGCCAACUCCUCACACACACCCUGAGGUCAGGGAGUGCUGGCUCACAGUAUAGCAUGUGCCUUAAUGCCUCAUAUGAGGAGGAUGUCCCUGGGCCAGGGUCUGUGUGAAUGUGGGCACUGGCCCAGGUUCAUACCUUAUUUGCUAAUCAAAGCCAGGGUCUCUCCCUCAGGUAUUUUUCAUGAAGUGCGUGAAUGUAUGUAAUGUGUGGUGGCCUCAGCUGAAUGCCUCCUGUGGGGAAAGGGGUUGGGGUGACAGUCAUCAUCAGGGCCUGGAGCCUGAGAGAAUUGGCUGAAUAAAGAUUUAAAGAUC